AUGAAGAAGGAUCUUGUUGAUAAUUAUGGCUACGAGAAGCCAUCAGAUUCCAGAAUUGCUGCCAACACCGGCAACCCAUCUUUAUCACCAGGCAACAUAUCCAUCACAAAUUCUCAUAUUGGAAGUUUGCAUUUCAUUCGUGGCUCAACGGUUUCUCCCGCUUUACCAACACAUUAUCCCCCUUCACCAACAUUUCACCCACCUCACGCUUCUUAUUUAUCGUCUACUCCUAAUAAUUUUCUUCCGCAUCGAAUAGCCGUGAAACGUCAAAACAAGAAAAAAACCAACAGAAUCUUACAAUGGCUUGUUCGUACGUUCUUAGAUACAAAAGAGGAGCCUGUAAGGUUCUCGAUUUUGCAACCGCGAAUUGGAAAACAUAGUAUACCAACGCCGAAUAAUUCCGUCUGCACUUUACCUAGGCAAAGUCUAAGCGCCGAAAAUUAUAAUAAUUAUGUUCCAAAAGAUUUCAAUACGACUCUAACUGACAAAAUUGACGAACAGGCUCAGCAACCUCUUGAUCAGACAGAAUGCUCUGUAAAAACCACUGCCACGAUUUCAUGUGAAUAUUAUUCUGAUUCCAACACACCAAAAACUAUCAGUAAAGGUUCCAAUUCUGACCUCCCAACCUGCAUAUACAUUAGUCCUCCUCCUGGUGAUGUCAUAGAUAUAAUAGAAAUAGAUUCACGAAGACAUAAUCAUUCUAAUUCUAUAACUUCCAUCGCAUCAAGAGAUUCGGUCGAUAAUGAUUUGUCGGUAUAUUAG